AUGGCGGAGGAAUUCGCCGGCCGAACGCCUCCUGCGGCUGUAGACCCGAUGGGCAACGGGGCGCUGUCUCCUGGUGGAGCCGCGGCGGCCGCGGGGGAGGACGACCCCAUGGAAGUAGGCAGCGCCAAGUCGGGAGACGAUGGUGGCCUGUCGUCAAACUCGCCUGCUGGGGGUGCUGAGGACGCCAACGGGUUUGUAGAGAACGGGGAUGCUGAGGACGCCAUGAUGUCCGAGGCGGGGGCGGGAGCGCAAGGCGUGGAGGAGGGCAAGGAGGAAGACGAGAGCGACUCCGAUGUAGAGCUGGAAGGCAUUGAUAUGGAUGGGCUAGAAGAAGAGGAGGAGGAAGAAGAAGAGGAAGAGGAAGAGGAAGAGGAGGAGGCUUCAGGCGAAGCGGAAGAGGACGAGGACGCCGCUGAGGAGGAAGAGGAGCUGGAGGAGGCGGGACAGGGGGGAGACGCGGAAUCCAUGCCCCCCCCACCUGCCGGCAAGGGGAAGGGCAAGGCCAAGGGGGGCAAGGGCCUGGCCAGCGCCGGCGGUCAGAAGGAAGACCACUCGUUCGAUGAGGUGGUGUCGGAGCACUCCAAGAACCUGGAAGAGCUUCGGGAGCGGCAAAAGGCGGCGGAUGGGCAAUUCGGGGGCAACGCGGAGACGCGGCUCCAGUACCUCAUGCAGCAGUCCGAGGUCUUCACGCACUUCUUGGACAGCACGAGUUUCGGGAAGGAGAAGGGCGGGAAGGGGUCCAAGAAGGGCGGGAAGGGAGACGGGGUCAGGGGGCGAAUGAAGGAGCAGGAGGAGGACAAGCUGCUGCUGGCGACGGCGGCUAGCAAGGCCAGGGUGACUCGCCUCUCCAAGCAGCCCGACCUCAUCAAGUUUGGUACGAUGAGGGCCUAUCAGCUGGAAGGGCUUAACUGGAUGAUCAAGCUCCACGACAACGGCAUCAACGGCAUCCUGGCUGACGAGAUGGGAUUGGGCAAGACCCUGCAAAGCAUCAGCGUGCUAGCGUACCUGAAGGAAGACAGGGGGAUUAACGGCCCGCACAUCGUCAUCGUGCCCAAGUCCACGGUCGGCAACUGGAUGAGAGAGUUCAAGAGGUGGUGCCCGUCGAUCAAGACGGUCAAGCUGUUGGGCAACAAGGCCGAGCGGAAGGCUGUGUGCGAGAACGUGCUCGACACCGGAAACUUCGACGCGUGCGUGGCGUCGUACGAGAGCGUGCUCAAGGAGUCGUCCACCCUCAAGAAGAUCAAGUGGCGUUACCUGCUGAUCGACGAGGCCCACCGCAUCAAGAACGAGAACUCCUCUCUGUCCAAGACUGUCAGCUUGGAGACGGACAAGAGCGCCCGCGACAACGUGAUCAAGAAGCUACACACCAUCCUCCGACCCUUCAUGCUCCGCCGCAUCAAGGCCGACGUGGAGAAGGACCUUCCUCCCAAGAAGGAGGUGAAGCUGUACAUCGGCAUGACGCCCAUGCAGCGCAAGUGGUACAAGGACCUGCUGAACAGGGACGUUGGCAACCUCAACACCCUCGGGGGGCCGGACAAGAUGCGCCUGCUCAACAUCCUCAUGCAGCUCAGAAAGGUGUGCAACCACCCUUACCUCUUCGACGGAGCCGAGCCAGGACCCCCCUUUGUGAACGGCUCACACCUCUGGGAGAACGCCGGAAAGAUGGUGCUCCUGCAGAAGCUGCUGCCGAAGCUGCGGAUGCAGGGGAGCAGAGUCCUCCUCUUCUGCCAGAUGACACGGCUGCUCGACAUCCUCGAGGACUACAUGCACCUCCAAGGGUAUGACUACUGCCGCAUCGACGGCAGCACGGACGGCGAGUCUCGCGACUCCCAGAUGGACGAGUUCAACGAGCCUGGCUCUUCCAAGUUCCUCUUCCUGCUCUCCACGCGCGCCGGGGGGCUCGGGAUCAACCUCGCCACCGCCGACGUGGUUAUCCUGUACGACUCCGACUGGAACCCCCAGCGCGAGCUUAUGGCGAUGGUCAAGUUCGGGGCGGAUGAGAUCCUUCGCAUGGACGACAGCCAGGGCCUCACGGAUGAGAGCAUCGACGAGCUGCUCCGCAAGGGAGAGGAGAAGACGGAGGAGACCAACGCCCGGAUACAGAAGGACAUGCAGCACAAUCUGCUGACGUUCAAGAUCGAUGAAGAGGACGGCAUCAACACGUUCCUGUUCGAGGGGUCUGACCACAGGGAGGGAGGGGCGGCGAACGGAACGGGUGCGUUCAUCAACCUUCCUACCAGGCAGCGCAAGAGCAAUUACGACGUGAACGAGUACUACCGCGCACGGAUGGACUCCAACAAGAACAUUCCCGGCGUACGCAAGCGGAAGGGCAUCACGAUGCACGAUUUCCAGUUCUACGACCGCGAGGCCCUUGAGGCACUCCAGACCAAGGAGCACGACUUGGCGGACCGGAAGAAUGCCAUCAUCAACGAGAUCAAGGAGCUGAGAACCCGGUGCAAGAGGAUGGAGGCCCACGGGGGAGAGGAAGAACACGCCGCUCAGCUGGAGAAGACGGCCAGCGGGCUGGAGCUGUCAUCCAAGGAGCAGGAUCAGAAGAAGAAGCUGAUCGACAACGCCUUCGGCGACUGGAACCGGAAAGACUUCCGCGCGUUCGUUGCCGCUACAGAGCGCCACGGUCGGGAUGAUACGGAGGCGGUGGUGCGGGACGUGUGCCUGGAGACCGCGAAGACGGAGGAGAACGUUCGGAAGUACAUCAAGGUGUUCUGGAAGCGAUGCCGAGAGCUGGCGGACCACCCGAAGAUCAUGGAGAAGAUCGAGAAGGGCGAGAAGCGGAUCUUCCGCUCCAAGCAGAUCCGCUCUGCCAUCGACAGCAAGGUUUCGCGACACGCUAACCCGUGGAGUGACCUCACCAUCAACUACUACGGUGGCAAGGGGAAAGUGUUCACGGAGGAAGAGGACGCGUUUCUGCUGAACAUGAUGCACCGAUACGGCUACGGCAACUGGGAGGUCAUCCGCAUGGAGAUCCGCAAGGCUUGGCAGUUCCGGUUCGACUGGUUCUUCAAGAGCAGAAAUGCGGCCGAGCUGCAAAGGAGGGGUGACACGCUCAUCCGCCUGGUGGAAAAGGAGAACGAGGAACUAGAGACUACCGGCAACGGCGGCAAGAAGCGGAAGAGCUUUUCCUCCUCAGACCAGACUGCCUCCUCCAAAAAGAAGAGGCAAUCCUCCUCCACCCCCGCCACCGGCAAGAAGCAACGCCGUCGAUGAGCCACGGUUACGAAGCACCUUCUUGCGAUGAGCCACGGGCAAGAAGCAACGGCGGCGACUAGCCACAGCGGUUACCAAGCAACGGCGGCAAUGAGCGGCGGUUAUGAAAAGCAAGCACCAGUAGACCUUAUGGUCGGAGGUUGACGACGCUGUGGCUGAAAAUUCGGUUCCUGUCUGACCGACGAUCGACCAUUCAUCACCGAUUCUGGGGGCGCCGCGGAUUGUAUCGGUAACGGGGGUGGUG